AAGAACGCAAACAGAAGGCUACAAUUACAGAGACCGUUCGCAACUCAAUUUAUUUAUUUAUUUAAUUUUCUUGGCAAUAACAGAUUGCAAUGAUAUUGGAUAUUUUCUAUUCAGAUUUCAGAUUACCAAGCUUAAUAGUGAAUAAGCAUGCAUAAAACUCCUGCAAAUUCCAUCUCCUACAGAACCCACACCCUAUAAAUCUACCUGCAUUGCUUCGAUUCAACCAAGAGCAAAUGCAACAAAAAGGAAGAAAUUCCAACCGAAGAUCAAGAACGUUUUCUCGUGCUCGUCUAGCUAUUGAAGGCUACUAGCAUCAUUUUUCAGUGGUUUCUGGUUUUUAACAUUUUUUUUUCAUUCCUGGGGAUAUUCAUCAUGGCUGCUGAAGGUGAGAGGGCUGUUCAAUUGAGCUACUGGAAGGAGCAUUCCUUAGUGCUUAGUGUGGAAGCAAUGAUGCUUGACAGCCAGGCUUCCAAGCUGGACAAGGAAGAAAGGCCCGAGAUACUCUCUCUUCUACCACCUCUUGAGGGUAAAUCAGUAGUUGAGCUGGGAGCUGGCAUUGGACGCUACACAGCAGAAUUAGCAAAGAGUGCUGGUCAUGUUCUAGCCAUGGACUUCAUUGAGAGUGUAAUUAAAAAGAAUGAAGAAACAAAUGGGCACUUCAAGAAUGUAGAAUUUAUGUGUGCUGAUGUUACAUCUCCAGACCUGACAAUUGAACCAAGCUCUAAGGAUAUGGUAUUUUCAAAUUGGCUGCUAAUGUAUUUAUCGGAUGAGGAGGUGAAAGAACUGGCAAAGAAGAUGGUACAGUGGGUGAAAAUGGGCGGGUAUAUCUUUUUUAGAGAAUCCUGCUUUCAUCAGUCUGGAGAUCACAAGCGCAAAGAAAAUCCAACACAUUAUCGAGAACCAAGCUUCUACCUUAGGACUUUCAAAGAGUGCCUCGCAAAGGAUGAGUCGGGAACCCUUUCAGAGUUGUCCCUUGUGCGCUGCAAAUGUGUUGGAGCUUAUGUUCGGAACAAGAAGAAUCAAAACCAGAUUUGUUGGCUUUGGCAGAAAGUUUGCUCAAAAGAUGACAAGGGUUUCCAGCAAUUCUUGGAUAAUGUCCAAUAUACUCGUAAUGGCAUUUUACGGUAUGAGCGUAUAUUUGGGGAAGGCUUUGUUAGCACUGGAGGAAUAGAAACUACAAAGGAAUUUGUUGACAAAUUGGAGCUGAAGGCUGGCCAAAGAGUCCUUGAUGUUGGUUGUGGAAUUGGAGGAGGCGACUUUUACAUGGCUGAGAAAUUUGAUGUAGAGAUUGUUGCUGUUGACCUUUCGAUAAAUAUGAUUUCGAUUGCUCUAGAGAGGGCUAUCGGUCAUCAAUAUGCUGUUGAAUUUGAGGUUGCAGACUGCACAAAGAAAGAAUAUCCAGAGUGUACAUUUGAUGUUAUUUACAGCCGGGACACUAUACUUCAUAUCCAGGAUAAGCCUGCUUUAUUUAGGAAGUUCUACAAAUGGCUGAAGCCAGGAGGCAGGUUGCUCAUUAGUGAUUACUGCAAAGCACGUGGAACAGCUUCUACAGAAUUUCAGGAGUAUAUUAAACAACGUGGCUAUGAUCUGCAUGAUGUAGAAGCAUAUGGCCAGAUAAUAAAAGAUUCUGGAUUCUGUGAUGUUGUGGCUGAGGAUCGCACAAAUCAGUUCAUUGAAGUGCUACAGAAAGAGCUCUAUUCGGUUGAGAAAGACAAAGAUGCCUUUGUCCAUGAUUUCUCAGAGGAAGACUAUACCUCUAUUGUUGAUGGAUGGAAAGCAAAAUUGGCAAGGACCUCGUGUGGAGAACAGAAAUGGGGGCUUUUCUUUGCUAAAAAGCAUUUGAUCUAAAAAUAAGCUGUUCAUGGGAUUAAAUUGGAGUCAUCUUACAGAAAUAUUAGCACGAGAAGUGCAUUUGCUAGUUACUUUAUACGUCUAAGCAAACUCACAGACUUAAGCUAUGAAUAUAAGAACUUGGUAUUAUUUUCUUUCUAGAUACAAAGGUGGAUAAGAAACUUAUUUUUGUUACUUUACAGAGAAAAAAUGCACCAUUUUUCUGAGAGUGAAUGUAUGGUUUUAUUGUUGUGUGACUGCAAGCCUAAUAUAUAAUUGACAGUAUGCAGUUGUUUGAAA